AUGUUGCCGCUCGUUCGCUUACUUCCACUGCUGCUUGCACUGGGUGUGUUCUUGGCAAAAGAUAAUCUGACAGAAGCUUCCAUUUUGCCCAACACCAAAUCACUGGGGUUCACUGUCCAGCUCACCUGUGAGGUCAGUGGAGAUCAUAUUGAGUAUCAGUGGCAAAAAGAUGGAGGAGAGGUCUCACAUCAUCACUGGCUAAUAGAUGGAAACAGGACCCUGGUCAUCCCAAGCGCAUCGAUUGGUGAUUGUGGAAUGUACACCUGUGUUGCAACUAAUCCCGUCAGCUCUAUCCAGGCAAAUUACACCUUAAUUCUUCAAGGCCUUUCGCUCAAGGAAGUUGUACUUGUCGCAGCAUCAACUGCAGGACUGAUGCUCUCUUCAGCAUCUCUUCAUCCAGCUAUGUUGCCGGACCAGUGGAGAUGGAAAACACUUGGAGCACUUCUGAAAACUAAAUUUUAUUUUUUGAGCCUAUCUUUCAGUAAUACCGUGUUUUUUAUUGUCAUCUACAUUACCUUCUCCUACUGGAUUUUAUUUAAAGGUCUUUCACCAUUGGAUGUCGUGGUUAUUAUUUCAUUGAUCACAGGACUGCGGCUUUCUUCAGCAUUUGUAAAUCAGCCCCACAACACGAGUUCAGAUAAAGAAUCUCAGAGAACCAGACUUUGUGUGAAAUUGCUGUCCAUCUGUAAAGCAGUUCUUUUCAAUUGUAUCAUCCUUGCCUUCGCUGUCAAUGCUGUGAUGACAGGCUUUUCCAUCAAAGCAAAGAAAUCGAUUGUCUUGUCGAUCACAGUUUUGGUUGGGCUAAUAUUGAUUCUUAUGAUAACGGGAUAUCUGUGGUGGAAGAAGAAUUCAGACACAGAAGAAGAAUCUUGGAGAACCAAGAUUUGGACAUCUGUGCUGCUCAUCUAUACUGAUACAAUUCUCAUUGUAUUCCUCACAGCCAUCACUCUCACCUUAUUGAUUACAGGUAUUAUCGCCAAGGACAAUGUAGCUGUGGCUGUGUCAAUCACAAUGCUGAUUUUAUUAGUCGCAUUGUUUAUGCCAUUUGUGUACCUGCUCCGAAAGAUUAAUUUACACCAAGAAAAUUUCCUAAUAUCUGGAAAAUGGCUGUCCAUCUGUCAAGCUGGUUAUCUUAGUGUCAUCCUCAUUGCUGUCAUUUCCUGGGUGGCGAUUGAAGGCUUUUCACCAGAGGACACUGUGACUGUCAUUACAUUGAUCAUGGGACUGGUGCUUUCGACAAUAUAUGCCAUUGCAUUUCUCUGCUGGGCAUGGAAAGGAUUUCCAGGAAACAAAUGGUGGUGGAUCCUGAAAAUUUGUAGCAUCGUGUCUCUGGUCGUCAUCCUCAUUGCCCUCAUUUGCUGGAUUGUGUUCAAAGAUCAAGACUGUGACACCAACAUUCCCAUCUGGAUCAUACCCAUUUUAUCAAUGGUCACAUGUGUGAUAGCAUUAUCCAGGUCCUUCCCGGUUUGCCAAAGCAGACAUGAAGAAACUAACAGAGACAGCUGUGCAGAAAGAGAACAGGAUAAUGGAGAAUUGCAAGAAUUACAAACUAUCAGACCAGAUCAUGAAUCGGGACCCUAAAACCUUCAGCAGGAUCGGAGAGACCCCGACAGCCUUCAGUUUCAGAUGUCACUGUGAGGGCAGCUACUGUAAACAGUGGCCUGGAAAAUCUUCCCUCCGGUUCAGUUUAGUUUCAUUUAGUUUAUUGUCCCGC